AUGUGUUUCACACGUGCUUUACCAUGUGCCAUUCUAUGGACUGCAGUCUACGCGUGUCCGAGUCCAAGCCAGGAUGCCAACAUCACUUCAGACGCCCUCCAGCUGUUGGACCAGGGACGCUGCCUCUUCAGAUCCAUCCUGCCGUCAGAUACAGCUGUGCAGGCACUGGUGUGUGUCUUUGCGUUGAUGACCAUCAUCUCACUUAUCGUCAACGGCUGCACUCUGUUCAGUCUUGGCAGUUCAGAAGACCUAUCCUGGGAGCCACGCUUUGCCCUGCUGAAGAACCUCAUAGUAAGUGACGUCCUACUCAUUGUAACCCAAGGUCCAACAGUGGCACACUGUCUGCUGCAGAAGACCACGCUGCCUUAUGGAGCUUGGUGCCUCACUCAGUUCUUUAUUAACACUGUUUGUGUUUUCUGCACUGUGCUUACUAUCACCUGCAUGGCUUUUGAGCGCUACCUAUAUGUGUGCCAGGCCAUCUACUACAUUAGUAUACUAACCACCAAGCGCCUCUACCUCAUAGUCGGUCUCACAUGGCUUAUUUCAAUAUGCUUAUCGGCAGUGAUCACAGGUUUGCUCAGUUUAGGGCACAAGAGCUCAUUGGUGGGGAAACCCAUUACGGGACUCCUUUGUGAGCCGGACACCUUAGAGGCCCACCUUGGCUUUCCACGAGGCUCUGCAGUGUUUCGAAAAGUAGUUGGGCUUUUGGUGACACUGCUUUGCAUCUUUUCCUACUCCUUCUCGUACCUGCGCAUGUAUCAGGAGGCACGCAAUGCCGUUCAGCCUUUCCAGCAGGUCAACAAGAGGGCACGCAAAACGGUGAUGUUCUACUGUUCCAUGCUGCUGCUUCAGCUGCUCCCCAUCUUUCUGAAGAUAGUCUCGGAUGCUCUGUGGGAAUUCGAGGGCAACAUUGCAAUGAUCCGUUCGCUGGAUUACCCUGGAGACUGGAUGUCGGCAGGAACCCUACACAUCAUGCUGCUGGUGAUGCUUCAGGUGCCUCCUUGCAUUAAUCCACUCAUCUACGGUUUGCGCAACAGAGAGGUGAGGGAAGCCCUGCCCAGGCUGCUGUGCUGGAGGAGAAACAACCGGUAA